AUGACAAAUAGGAGGUUGAUUGGUUANAAAAAAAAACGCCCUCACACUCUCGUCGUUGCCGAUACCAAUCCUCCCAACCGCGACAAUUACAGGGUGAACGUCGGUACGGGGCCUUCGGAGGAGCGCAUCCUGCUGACGGGUCUGCACUCCGUCGCCGACAUCUACUGCGAGUGCUGCAAGACGACCCUCGGCUGGAAAUACGAGCACGCGUUCGAGUCGAGCCAAAAGUACAAAGAGGGCAAGUUCAUAAUCGAGCUCGCCCACAUGAUCAAGGAGAAUGGCUGGGAGUAGCAUCAUCGACGGAUAUCCUUGCAAGCGCCAGAACAGUAGAACCGGAAGGGAAGCCACAGUCACGUGGAAGAGGAGGUGGUGGUGGAGUAGGCAUCCGCCGGAUGACAGAUCGCCGGAGCGUCUAUCGCGAGAGCCGCUGGAGGAGGAGGAAGAGACGGCGACGACGCUGGCGCCUCGACCCAGCGGGGGAUUAUCAUCAUCCAUCCCCCUAUCCCCUACCCUCCAUUCAUAUUCGACUGGACACCUUGUAUGCGUGCGUGCACAAAUACAUACACGUACCGUCUCUUCUCGAGCCACCAACGAAAGUCUGUGAUUAUUUGUGAUUUAUAACUUAGUGACGUUCUUGUGUUUUUUUUUCGGACCAUUCGGAUUAUAUUAUAUUGAAAGAAAAGAAGUUACAAUA